AUGGACGAGGACCCCAAGAAUACCUCCAACUCGGCCUCCGGGCUGGUCUCGACCUUGAUCCCCACCCUCAUCAUCUCCGGGGCCAUGGUACUGCUCUUCAUCAUUCUCCGUCAAAGUCAACGUCGCCAAUAUGCACCGAGAACCUAUCUUGGCUCACUGCGAGAGCAGGAGCGCACUCCAGCGCCAUCAUCGGGGAUCUUUGGUUGGAUAACGUCGAUGGCCAAGUUGUCUGAUGAAUACGUAUUGCGACACCACUCUCUAGAUGCAUAUCUCCUCCUUCGAUACCUGAAGAUUGCGACGACAAUUUGCCUGGUAGGCUGUUUUAUCACCUGGCCAGUUCUAUUUCCCGUAAAUGCCACUGGCGGCGGGGGUUUAAAACAAUUGGAUAUCCUCACUUUUGGAAACGUGAAAAACAACCUGAAUAGAUUCUAUGCUCAUACUUUUGUGGCUUGGAUCUUCGUUGGUUUUGUUUUCUUCAUGAUCACACGGGAAAUGCUCUUUUUCAUCAACCUGCGCCAAGCAUACUUCUUGUCUCCACUUUAUGCUUCCCGUAUCUCUUCGAAGACCGUUCUUUUCACCUCUGUCCCCCAAGAAUACUUGAAUGAAGCAAAGAUUCGACGUAUUUAUGGCGAUGACAAAGUGAAAAAUGUUUGGAUCCCAACUGACACCAAGGAAUUGGUGGACUUGGUUGAGGAAAGAGAUGAAACCGCAUUCCGCCUUGAGGCCGCUGAAACAAAACUGAUCAAAUUGGCCAAUGGUGCACGCAUCAAGUCUCUCAAGGCUAAGCCAGCCGAUGAGGAAAACCACGACACAGAUAAUCUUACUGGUGAUGAGGCUCAGGCAGAAUCAGGCUCAGUGGCCGCCCGCUGGAUAAAACCUUCCAACAGGCCUACCCAUAAACUCAAACCUCUUAUUGGCAAAAAGGUUGAUACCAUCAACUGGUCGAGGACUGAGAUCGAGCGUUUGAAUCCAGAAAUAGAAGCCCUCCAGGCAAAACAUCGUGCUGGUGAUGCUAAGAAAAUAUCCGCGGUAUUUGUAGAAUUCUACACUCAAAAUGAGGCGCAGGCAGCGUAUCAAAUGGUUGCUCAUAACCAACCCCUCCACAUGGCUCCACGAUACAUUGGUCUCAAUCCAAAUGAUAUCAUCUGGUCAAAUUUGAGGAUUAAGUGGUGGGAGCUUAUUAUCAGAAAUGCUGCUACCAUUGGUGCUGUUGUAACCCUGAUCAUCUUCUGGGCGAUUCCAGUUGCUGUUGUGGGUGCUAUCUCAAACAUCAACUUCUUAACAGAAAAAGUCCCUUUUCUUGGAUUUAUUAAUGACUGUCCUCCGGUCAUUCUGGGUCUUAUCACUUCCCUGCUCCCCGCUGUGCUCCUUGCAGUUCUGAUGGCUCUGCUGCCCAUCAUACUUCGAUUAAUGGCACGACUUGGUGGCUGUCCAACUACAGCUGCUGCAGAGCUCAGAACCCAAAACUUCUAUUUUGGAUUCCAGGUUGUCCAGGUGUUCCUUGUUACAACAUUAUCUUCCGCAGCCUCAAGUGUUGUACAGAAAGUGAUCCAAAAACCUGAAAGUGCAGCCACAUUGCUGGCUCAGAACAUCCCCAAAGCGUCUAACUUCUAUAUUGCGUACUUCAUUCUCCAGGGUCUAACUUUCAGUGCGGGUGCUCUGCUCCAGAUCGCUGGCUUGAUUGUAUCAAAAAUCUUGGGCACGCUUUUGGAUAACACUCCCCGAAAGAUGUACAAACGGUGGUCAACGCUCUCCGGUUUGGGUUGGGGGACCGUCUUGCCGGUUCUGACCAACCUUUGCGUGAUUGCCAUUACCUAUGGUGCCAUUGCCCCCUUGGUCCUUGGCUUCGCCACUAUUGGAUUGUUCCUCUUCUAUGUCGCAUAUCGUUAUAACAUGCUGUACGUCACCAAUAGCAACAUCGACACCAAAGGCAUGAUUUACCCUCGUGCCCUCCAACAAACAGCUGUAGGCUGCUACCUCCUCAUUCUCUGUCUAGUGGGCCUCUUUGCCAUCAGCACUGGCAGUGACAGGAACGCCCUCGGGCCCUUAAUCCUCAUGAUCGUCUUCCUUGUCUUUGUAGUUAUCUACCAUGUUUCGCUUAAUGCUGCUGUCACCCCAUUGCUCGAGUAUCUGCCACGCAACCUCGAAGCAGAAGAGCAGGACCUGCUCGCCAAAGAUGGCUCUCCUCAAGACAGCAAUGAUGCUGCUGAAAAGCCCGCUGUUGGUCCUUCCAGCAAUGGCGCGGAUGGCACUGAUGCCGAAAAGGGCAUAUCAAACCCCACCGACCUCCUCCCAACAAAGCCCCAUGGCAUUGUCGGCAAAUUUUUGCGCCCAGACAGAUACGCCAACUACGAAACUCUGCGCAAGCUCGUCCCCAAGGAUUUUGCCGAUAUCUCAUAUACUCCUGAGGUUGAGCAGAAUGCGUAUUUCCACCCUUCUGUCGGCUCGAAGCCGCCGUUGUUGUGGAUUCCACGCGAUGUUGGUGGAGUGAGUAGGCAGGAGGUGGCGCAUACGUCCAAGGUGAUUGCGAUUUCCGACGAGGAUGCGACAAUUGAUGCGAAGAGUAAUAAGAUUACGUGGAAUGAGGAGAAAGGGAUGCCGCCGAUUUAUCAGGAACCGAUUUAUUAUUGA